AGAAACAAAAAGGCUCCUCGUUGGGACGAAGCCAUGCGAGGGAUAUAGCCUCCGUUCGAACUAGCGAUACUCUCUCUCUCUUUGCACAAAACUGUAAACGCUGAGAGAUAAACUGAUCUUGUUAUUCGCUGUACCUUUUCUGUAUCGAUUAGUACCCCCACGGUUUGGACAAACUUUCAACAAUGGCGAAUACCGAAGGUCUUUCGGACGAAAACGUCGAGUCGCUGCUCCGCUUCGACUCCUCUGAUCACACGCGGGACCGUCCCAGGAACAACCCAUCCGCACGGUUACGCGAGCGGAUGGAUGCUCCCAUGGGCGAACGACCCGCGGCGACAGUGAUCCGUCGAUCGACGGACAGUGGUCGACGACCUCGAGGCCGUGCCAUCGUGGAACCCACGGCACCGACCCGUCUCUCGACCAGUGCACACGGGUUACCUCAUGCCGACAACGGCAAUGCUCCCUCGCCGCGUGCCGCAGCAGCGUCAUCCCAGUAUUUACCGCAAAAUCGUCAUCAAGAACAACGUCAGCCAGAACUAGAACAAGCAGAAUUGAAUUUCCCGGUCGUGGGAUCGAUUGUGGAACGACCACGGAAUCGCACGCCAGGCGCUUCUUCGUCCGAGCGCACACGUCCAUCCAAAUUUGCUCAGGAAAGGCACGUACGCGCCGGCGAUGCAACGUCCUUGAAUCAGGGCUUUCCGUCACUGAACGUACCGCUCGGAACCUUUGUCAAGGACAACCACCAACAACGACGGAACGCAACGAAAACAACGACCAGUAUUCCUCCCACAUCCCCUCUACUAGUAGAGUCAGCAGAGGUGCCAGCGAGAACGUCCAAUUCGAUUGACGAGCUACGAACUAUUAGUCAGCGAGACGCCCAAGGUAUGCUACAGAACAUGACACCUGUGGAGAUCCAAUCGCACGUACAGGACCUACGACAGGCGUUGCCGUCGUCUACACUCGCCUUCUUGCAAUCGCGAUCCAAAAAGUCACCGGUUGCAAAACCUCCGACCGUACUUGCCGAAGCAAAGGUCGAACAUUCGGAACCAGCACGUGUAACACGUGACGAUCGCGUGCUAGGCAAGGAAGAAUUCUCACAGUUGCUCUCAUCCAUCAGUACCUACGAGGAUCUAGAUGCCGCCUAUGCGACGUACGUACCCACUGAGCUACAGGAGAAGGCGGCCAGUACGCUCGAUCAACAGCAGGACGAUUCUUUUCCCAUGGCGUGUGAUCUGUUGCGCUCUACCGCUCCUCGACAAAAUUUAUGGGCCGCGCGGGCUGUGUAUCAUCGAUUACGUGACGACUGGGAGGCUGGUCAGUUUUGCUCGCUCGAGACGGAUCGAGAUGUCGUUUGGCCAUAUCCGGUAGUGCUGCCAGUUUCGUUGCGGUGCUUGCUGGAUAAUUCGUUCCAACGAACCAAUGGGUUUGUGCUACAUACCUACGUAUUGCAAUCAAUUUACAUGUUGCUCUUGUUGCGGUCGAGCCGUGAGCAUGUUUUGGACGUAACUGGCCAGUACGUGUCAUCCAGUAUGGUGUAUCAAGAAUGCGCUUUAGACGAUGCCGUGCCGACGCCCCCGACUUCUGCAUAUUAUCGCUCAAACCAAGUUACCCCUCUUUCCGUCGGUGCGCACGAAAAUGUAGCGUACUCCACUUCGUCGAGCUCGGAGUCGGCUACAAUGGACGGACAAGCGUUUCAAUCGGAUCCAAUGUGGACCUUGCUAUCCAAAAUGAGAAUCGUACCGCGCCUGGCAAGUUUGCUUUAUUGUCCAGAUGUUCCACUUAUACUGCUUCCUGCGAAAGCUUUAGUUUCGAUAUGCGGGAUUUUGGCUAUGAUAGGACAGCGGUCGCCGGGAGCGGCGUCGGCUAUUGUUCAGCACCCGACGCUCUUGUCUAAUUUAGUGGAACGAACCUGCGUACCAUUCGACGGAGAAAGUCGCUGUAACCCGAAUGUCGCUCUUCCAACUAUUUUGUUACUUUGCACGUUGGCUCGGCAAUCGCGAGUGGCAGCUUUGGGCAUUUCAGUGGAUGCGGUGCUGCUGCAAAUUUUGUCACGCAAGGCUGAACACGAGUCCGAGUAUCGGCUACAACGGUGGACAGUUAUUUUAUGGCGUACCUUGCUUCGAUACGGUCACUGCUUAUCCCCUCUAUCCGCUCUAGUGCCGUUAGCUGCUCCGCAUCUAUCACUAGGAGUGUCUUAUCGUUUUUCUUUGGCCUCCGAUUUUGCAUCUGCAUUUGCGACGGUUCAACGCUGUGCAUGGGUAGCUUCGCUGAUGGACGAAAAUGAUAAACGCAUUACUGCAGAGCAGCAAACAAUUUUGGCGCACUCUGGUGCUUGGUUAGCUUCUUCGAUUCGAAACGCAAUUGUCAAUGUUUCCACUCAAGUUGCCGUUUCUUCGAUCGAUGAAAGUACCUCGGAUUGGAUUGCCCGUCUUCGAUAUGGUUCCAGCUGCUUUCAAUUGCUCGCUUCUUUUCUGGCCAUUGCUCAAGACAAUUCUACAAAUACUGAAGAAUGUAAAUCAGACAACUUGACUGUUUUGGAAGAAAGAGACUGUGUGUCUGCGUUGGUAUCUAUCGAAAAUUCGUGUGUCAUGCAACGAAUCCUUGAUGUUUCGAUGCGUUCCGCCUUUGUUGUCGAAUUUUCUGGAAAUGCUCCAUUCAACGAAGAAGAGGAAGCCUGCGCUUGCACCUUUCUCGUUGAGUAUUUGAAGCUACUGGAAUCUUUGAGAGAACGGUUCGAUGUCGACAUUGAUUCAACCGAAACUGGGCGCAAUCUCCGCUUACUUCUGGAAAGGAUUACUCGUCUUUUGGAAGACAAAUUUCUCUUCGCACGGCUGCGUGGCGAAGUCUCAGAGGACGGUGCUGAGUCAAAGAAGUAUAACCGCCAGCGGCGGGCCUGGUUAAACCGGUGCCACAGUGGCAUUGUGAAAUUUCUUGUCACACAGCACAGCACUCUUUCUGAGCUCUCUGGGCUGGCAUGCACAAUUAUCGGUCGUCUCGAGAACGGUGACGAAGCUCUGGCUGCGAACCUACUGAGUCAUGACUGUCUAUUCUCGUCGCAGAAACAACAAUUCCCAAGAGCGGUCUCGCCUAUUUCAACAAUGAUGGUUCGAGAACUAUGUCGUACGCAGAUAGGCAAGACUCAACUAGAUCACAGUUUCAAGCUUCAACAUGGUUUAGGAAUCACGGCAGGAGGCGUGGGACAAUUUGACAUAUCGUCUCUGUUGAGUCAAGCGGACGCUGGUCCUGCCCCGGAUCAAACUUCGCCUGAUGCGUUCUUGCCUGUUGGUAAACUUUGGGUCUGGCAAAUUCUUUCUGGUGCGUCGGCUCUCGGUGUUGGUCAAAUUAGACUCCAGGCGGGACAUGAGGAAGUGAUUUGUAUUCUUAUGUCAUGCUUGGACCUUAUUCAAGGUUUUGAAAAGUACCAAUACAUCGGUGGCGAGGGAUAUGGAAACAGUCUUCCACGGGGUGAAAAGCUAUAUCACUUGAUGAAUAUUUGCCUUCAGACAGAAAUUGUCCUUUCCGAAGGUAUUAUUUUAGCGGCUGCCACAAAUUUGUUUGUUGAAUAUACCCAGAGGAACUGCAAUCAGAGCUUCGUUGCCAACUUUUGCGACGCAUGCUUGCUUCAUUCGACUGCAAGAAGUCGCCGGGAAGUCAACGAAAAAAAGACAGAAGAAGAGACGAAUCUUCUGGCAUUACUUGAUGAGCCGUCGGACACUUUACUCUUGACGAAGGCGUCGAUGAGGAGUUUGUCGGACUUUGUCAUUGAUUUAUACGAGUCCUUCGUCGAUCAUGGUGCACAGUAUCCCUUCUUCACGAAAUGUAUUCGCACUUUUCUCCUCCCUACUUUUCCAGCAAGAAUACGAUGCGAAUUGCUAGGUCGCUUGCGGGGUCUACUACACUUGCUUUCUCUCGAAGGGGACAACAUGUCGGAGCUAUUAUACUUUUACCUAUCGGCGAAAUCUCCACUUGUUGAUGAGUCCUCUCGCGACGAUCCAGAAUUUCUGGAUGAGAUUACUAGUGCAUAUGCGAUAGGAAGUGGGACUCGCGGAGACGAGGGGUUCGUCUCCAUGUUUGCAGUGGCAGCUUUGACAAAGAGUUUGGCAAUAUCGCUGGCCUUUCCAAGUAGCGGACAAUCAGCCUCGAAGCGGCGAAUUCAACGCCUUGAGCAUUCUGUGGCGAUCAAAGUUCUUCAAAGCGCUGCUCGCUUUGCGUCGUCACGAAGGACUUGCUCCGCUCUCGUAUCUGCUGUCAUGCAAGGAGAUGCAAAUGACGAUACAUGUAAUCUGAAUUCGGAACUGGUUUCAGCACCAAUUGACGAUGAAAAAUGGAACGCAAUUAUAAGCGUUCUUCGGAAUCGAUUCGCUGACUCUGUAAAAAUUAUGUUGAAUGAAGGAACCGAAAUUCGUGCCGACAUGGAUCUGCUUCGCAACUUCAGUGGCUACUUUAACGCUCUGUUGGACGGUUGUUUUGCGGAAUCUCGAUCGCGGUGUGUGGAGUUGUUAAGCUUGGACAAGGCAGCUGUGCAAACUCUGAUCGAUUUUGCCUACGAUACAAACAGCGUCGAUUGGGACGCGGUAGAGGAUCUCUCUUUGCUUGAUGAGGCAGCUGACUAUCUUCAAAUUCACAACGAACAGCUGGAUGUUACACUGCAGGCUUUGCAUAUUGUGCAAGAUUGUGUGGAACAAGGGUGGGUGUCCUUUACCAAGCCACGGCAUGUAUUGCAACUACCCAUCAGUAAAAAGAAUCGUGCCUGGCGGCUCUGGGUGUGCUACGUGCUUUGUCUCGAGCUGCUGCCGCACCCCGAGACACACGUCGACCAGCCAACAUUUACUCAAAUGCUUCAGAAGAUAACCGGCGAUGCCGUUGCCCUUCGUCGAGAAUUGAUCGAAUACGGGCUGGUGCUGAGAGAAGGAGACGGAUCUUCGUAUUGGCGUCCCCAUUAUAGCAUUUGCAUGCAAGCCAAUACGAGCGACGAAAUUCGCAGCUUGUAG